AUGACAGGAGUGGCAAAGGGCAAAGAGGCGAAGGCAUUGUGCUUCUCUCCUCCCCUCACCUCCUCCUUCGGUCUCCGGCUGAGGAAUCCCAGGCAGCGUUUAAUUGCAGAGUGCAAAGGCUUUAGUUGGGCUAAUGAGCUCAGCACCGGAGCCUCGCAGGGCGGCUGGAUUUUAGGUGGAGGGGAAAAGAAGGAAUUCAUAAAUUCAGAAGGCUCACAAACAACGGGACACCACCGAUUUCUUCAGCACAUCAACACCACCGCCCCCUGCUCCUGUCAGCACUGCGUCCACUAUGAGCAGCCAGCGUACGGCCAUCACGCUGGGCUGGGAUACCAACCAGCAUCAGCCAGACAGACAGACCACACAUCUCUGGACUGCAGGAGAGACACCCAGGCUCCUCGACUUAAAGACGGAGGAGGGAGAGCUUUCGUAGUGGACAGAGCUGAGAGAAGUGGCCAUCGCAGCCCACAGAGGAGGCCUGUGUUUGCAGGGCCGGGCCCUUACAGCCAGUCAGACGACUUGAGCCAAGUUUGCCCCUGGGAGUUGAACCCUGCCCAGUGGAGCUACCCGCCGGAGCCAGGGGUGAGACACUACCCGUCUGUCAGAGAACAGUGUGGCUGUGUGGUGCACAGCGACAUCAGGGCACACCCCUUUAACGCUGGGGUACCUCAUCCUCUCCCCCAUCUUCAGGUCAAAGGUCAGGGGUACAGGCACCGGAGGAAAGUCAGGUAUGUGUCAGUGGAAGAGGAGGAAGAACAGUUUGGAUGCAACUCUGAGAGCUAUAAUUCAGAGCCACACAAUCCCCAUCUGGGUUAUUUACACAUGCCAAAUGGCCACUGUGGACCAAGGCCUGCGUUCUUUGAGGGAGGGGAGGAAAGAGAUAGCCAUCAGGACCGGGGCAGACUGAAGGGUGGAUCAGAGGAGGACUGUAAUGGAGGCGAUGGUUGUCACAAAGGUUUCUUCCCCACUGAAGUCCCACAAAAACACUUGAACCAAAGAAGACAGAAGGAGCCCUGCGUCCCACCCUCUGGCAACAGCAGCCCAGAGCCCUCAAAAUCGACAACCAUCGGGGACCAUCAGUGCCACGGUUCGGCUGUGGCGAAGCAGAAGAGGAGGCAGGAUUCGGUGAGGGAUAAAAUCAAACAAGUGGUGACAGAUCUGGAGGAUGUGUUGGGGGGUUUGAAGCAAGUUCACAUGGAGAUGAAAGAGGUGGUCCAGCAGAUUGAUCGUCUCACAGCCCGAAUUGACCUCAGCGAGGAGAAGCCCUGCAUCACUCAGGGGGCGUCCAAUAAUGUUCACAGCUCAACUCAUCCAGGUGACCUGAGGGUGGCCCAACUGCAUGAUCACGAUCCUGCUCCAGUCCAGGCGAUGCAACACAUUGACGAAGACCGCAUCAUUUUAAGAACUAACUCUCCCUCCCCUGUUCACAUGGCCUCAGUCGUCAAAACCAGCCGCUUCACCCCACCCAGCAUCACUAAGGACAUCAACCACGAAAGGACAGGUGUAAACGGCCACCCGCCUCACCUCUAUCCCCGCCGAGACUCCAACCACGUUGGCCAAACUCAUCCAGAGCCCCACCCCCAGAGCCUUGACCCUACGGUAAUUAUUGGCAACAGCACCUCCAGUUCAAGAACUCAGAAGCCUCCUCUUUACCCUCAAAACGGGCGUUGUGGGAAGGGCCCGUACCCACCUCCCAAGCCUGUGAGGACCCCUGCCUACCCAGCGAGAGGCUGCCAGAGCACCAGCAUGGUUUGAGGGAGGGGGAGGGUGAUCUGCCCCAGUGCCAUGGGGGCCUGAAACGUGAGACCCUGCUGCAGCGAGUGGAGGUCAGAAUGGGACCAGGCAGGGGAACAACUCUUGGAGCUGAUGCAACUGAGACAAGCUGUCAGCCGGUGGAAACAGAGCACGGCCUCAAGGUGGGGAUAUUUCCAAUAUCCCCAGGGGAAACUCCCCCCCCAAGAGUCGACCUGCAGCUGUACAUCACGCAAGCACAGAAGCAUGGAGGAGUGGCAGUCAAACCUUCUAUUUAUGCUUUUUCAUGUGAAGUAGCAGCAAAUAUUGACGAGGAUAAAGCAAACUACUACUCAACAACGCACCAAUAGAAAGAUACAAGGUAUAUUUCUAUGAAUAUUUCUAUUUAAUUUAUACUAGGCUAUUUUUUAUUGCAAAUAAAUAUAUUUUCAGGCAGCUUACACCAGUAUGCAUACUACCUAACUUGAUGUAUGCUAUAUCAAGAUUUAUAUAAUCAAAACCAUUGCCUAGAUAUUUUACAAAUAAAGAGCUUGGAUAGGUUUUCUAACUUCUAUGUGGUUGUCAAAGUAUGUCAGAAGAAGGAGACUGGAAAGUUGGAGAAGCAGAGCUGAGAUAAAAUUACAAUACCAUAUAUUCUUCUUCCCUUAUUCACGCAAUCUGACAUCUCAAUUAGCUAACUCUCAGAGAUGCGCAUUGACUGCUGAAUGUCCCACAUUUCAAUAUGAAAUAAAAAA